AUGUCUUUAACGCUUAGUUCAAGCGACUCUCAAGUCAUCAAGAGGAGUUGGACUGAAUUGCAGAAUAAUAAUAAGUACCAUAAAGAUGAAUUUGUUUCAAGAUUAUUUGGUAAUUUAUUAGCUGCUAACCCUAACUUAAAAUCAGUUUUAUCAACUGAUUUAAUCAUUCGCCAACAAUCUAAGAUGUUCAAUGAUAUGUUAGGUUUUACUAUAAUGUAUUUGGAUAACGAACCAUUGUUGGAGGAAUGUAUGAAUGAAUUCGUUCAAGAAAAUCCUUCAAUAGUUGCUUUGGGAGUUCAGUACUUAGAACCAAUGGGUCUUGCUCUUAUUCAAACUUUCCGUCAAUGGUUGGGUUCUGCUAAAUUCCAUGCUGGUUUAGAAACAUUAUGGAUUAAAAUUUAUGUCUUUUUGGCUAAUUGUAUCUUACAACAUGAUGAUUCAACUAGUGAUGUUUCCUCAAUCUUGAGUGAUCAUCAAAGAAGUUCCGAAACUGAAGAGGAAGAAGAAUUCGAACCAAUUCAACCUUUGAAACCAGUUAAAGAAGCCACUCCUCCACCACCAGAAAAAGAUGAACCUCAACCAGUACAACAGCCAGUUCAUGAAAUUCCAGCAACCCCUUCUAAAUCUAGUAUUCCUCAAAGUAUAAGUGCAAACACUUUACAUAUUGAACUUUCAAGUAAUGAAAAAUAUAGGGGCUUUAGAAGAAGUAUGCAACCAAACUCAAACCCGGUCCCAAUUGAAGUGAAGAUUCCGGAACCUUUUGCUAAACCAAAUAAAUUGACUGUUGAUACUACUACAUUUAUCUCUUCGCUUUCUGCUCCUGCUACUCCUUCAGAACCAUUUGAUCCAAGAAGAUUAAGAAGAGGUUCUGCUUCUCCAGUAUCUAUGAAGAAUGAUGAAGUUGACGAAGUUGAUGAAGUUUCUAUUAAGUCACCUUCUAAGCCUUGGGUUGAUGAAGAUGAUUCGAUACCAAUUAGAAAAAGACCAACUUCUUCAAUUGAAUUUAAUGAACCUGUUUUAACUCCAAGAUCUUCAAGAAGAAAUUCUGCCGCUGAAAUUAAAGCUGCUCUUGACCGUGAUUUGAAUGUCACACCGGUUCAAACUCCAACAAAAACCAAAUUCAAUAAUAAGCAAAGUAAAGUUAUAAAUGAUUCAGAUUCUGAAGGUGAAUCAGAUGAUGAACCCGAAAAAAGUUUUGGGUUUGAUCCUCGUCGUAAACAUUCAAGAAAUUCUUCAGUUCACUCUGCUUCAACUUUUCAAAAACCAGUUUCUGAAGUUACCACUGGUGGUAAUGCAUCUUCUGAAGAUUCAGUUAGUGAUGUUGAAGAUGAUUUUAACUUGAAUAAUGAUGAUUUAAAUUCAACUGACGAAGAUGUAAUGGAUUUUACUCAAGCAGAACCAAAAACAAUUAAUAUUCCAAAUCUUAAUCCAAAACAAGUUUUUGAUUCAAAUAGUUUUGGUAUUCAAGCUUUGGCUCCAAUUGUUGAGGACUCAGAUGAUGGAUCAUCUAAAUAUGAUUCAAGUGGUGAAGAAGAUAAUGCAUCUUCAAAUUACGAAGAAUCAAAUUCAAAUAUUGAUAAAUCAGAAAAUGAUGAAAUUAGUUCAUCCGGUGCUUCUUCAUUAUCUUUACAUAAUAGUGAUUAUAAAUCAUCAAUCAGUUCAGGUACUGAUUCAGCAAUGAAUUCUCCAUUUAUGAAUAACUUUAAAAUGGGUCAUAAUGCUAGACAACCUUCACAAUCAAGUGAAAUUAGUUAUAUGAAACCAUUAAGUACAGUUACUAGUACGAAUAAUCCAAUAAUUAAUCAUAAAUUUUCACAAUCAAGUCCUUCUUUAUCAAGACCUUAUCAACAACGUGCUUCUUUAGGAUUUAUGAGAAGUAGUUUUGUAUUGAAGAAGGAAUUAGAAGAACUUGGAUAUAACAAGCCAGAAAAUGUCUUGAUGAAACCUCCAACCAUUCCAGCUGCUGUUAAUAAUGGAGCAGUAUCUGCACCAGUAUCUAAACAGGCUAGUUAUGCCUCAUUAACUACUGCUAAUACCGGAUCUGAUGAUGGAUGCUUUGAUUUAAUAAAUACUUUUGAUUCUCCAAAAAUUAAUUUGGAUUCAACUAGUAUUUAUAGAAAUCAAAAUAUUGGUACUAGUACCAGAAGAACAUCUAAAAAAAUUAAUAAUGAUACCAAACAAAAAUCAUUAGCUACUAAAGAGAAGAAAUCAUUCAAACAAAGAUUAAGUUCAUUUUUCUCAUCAUCAUCUACUUCAGUUGUUUCUCCAAAUGAAAAAACCAAGGAUUUGAAGACUACUCAAUCGUCUUCGGUUGCUAAAAAGAACGAAGUUGUAUCUUCAGAAAAUAAAACUUCAUUUGCUGCUACUUCGUAUGAUAAAACAAAUGCUGGUGCUGCUCCUUCAAUCAAGGCUCCAUCUAGAAAAUCUUCUAGACCAAGAUAUUCUAGAAGCUACGCAAUGUCUCAAAGUGAUAUGGUUUCAAUUCAAACUACUGAAACCAAUCACUCAUCGAUCUCUGGAUUUUCAUUCAUGAAGAAGAGACGUUCUUCUGUUGAUGCUAGAAGCAAAUACAAUGUUCAAAAAGUCCCUUACAAGAUUUUUUGA